ACUGUAAGGUGCUAGUAUGUGCGUGUGUGUUGCUGGGGAGCAAAAUGCUUAGAAGCACAGAUACCAAACGAAUCGACACUGAAUUAUAACUGCUUUUCCUUAUGGAUGGAUAUAUAGUCACAUGCAGAAAGGAAAAGGGAUCAUCUGGAUGUUGCGUUGGAUUGUUAGGGUUGACCAGAUCACUGUGACUUGAAGUGCAAGGACAAAGAGGAUCUGUUUGAAGACCGUGGGUUAGAGGGCACAUUCUCGGCAAGGAAGAAAGCAAGAGAGAACAACCAUGUCCAACCAGGAGUCUGACGUGUACACCAUCUCGCCGGAGAUGCCGGCCGUGUUUGACGGGGUGAAGAUGGCGGCGGUCGCCACGGUGCUCUACAUCAUCGUGCGCUGCCUGAACCUGAAGAGCCCCACUGCCCCCCCGGAGCUCACCUACCAGGACACGGCCCUCAACCGCUUCCUGCUCAAGUCCUGCCCACUGCUGACCAAAGAGUACAUUCCUCCGCUGUUGUGGGGUAAGAGUGGGCACCUGCAGACGGCGCUCUACGGGAAACUGGGGAGGGUGAGCUCGCCGCACCCCGACGGCGUCCGCAAGUUCCUGCCCAUGUUGGAUGGUGCCACCGCCACCUUCGACCUCUUCGAGCCCAUGGCUGAUCACCCGACAGGAGAUGACAUCACCAUGGUGAUCUGUCCAGGGAUCGGCAACCACAGUGAGAAGCACUACAUCCGCACGUUUGUGGAUUACUCCCAGAAGCAGGGCUACAGGUGUGCCGUGCUCAACCACCUGGGGGCCCUGCCCAACAUCGAGCUCACGUCCCCGCGGAUGUUCACCUACGGGUGCACAUGGGAGUACGGGGCGAUGGUGGGCUACAUCAAGAGGGCGUACCCCCAGACACAGCUCAUCGUGGUGGGCUUCAGCCUCGGGGGCAACAUCGUAUGCAAGUUCCUGGGCGAGAACCGCGCCAACCAGGAGCGCGUGCUGUGCUGCGUGAGCGUGUGCCAGGGCUACAGCGCACUCAGGGCACAGGAGACCUUCCUUCAGUGGGAUCAGUGUAGGAGGUUUUACAACUUCCUGAUGGCUGACAACAUGAAGAAGAUCAUCCUUUCACACAGGGGCAGCCUGUUUGGCAGCAGCUCCAAUAAGAUGCUGGACAUCAACGUUAGCCGGCUCUACACCUGCACCUCCCUCAUGCAGAUCGAUGACAACAUCAUGAGGAAAUUCCAUGGCCACAGUUCCCUGAAGGAAUAUUAUGAGAAGGAGAGCUGUGUGCAUUAUAUUCACAAUGUGAACGUUCCACUGUUGCUGGUCAACUCGGCAGACGACCCGCUCGUGCACGAUUCUCUGCUCACCAUUCCACGCACACUCGCAGAAAAGAAAGAGAAUGUGGUCUUCGCACUGUCCCUGUACGGCGGGCACCUGGGCUUCUUCGAGGGCGCUGUGCUCUUCCCGCAGCCCCUCACCUGGAUGGACAAGGUGAUCCUGAGCUACGCCAACGCCAUGUGCCAGUGGGAGAAGCAGAAGCCUCAGUGCCAAAGCAGCAGCGGGCACACCGCUACCGCCCCGUGCCAGGAAGAAGCCACCCAAUCCUAGAGCGCACUGGACCUGCCUCUCUAACCGCACCCUCACUACUCACCCCCCCCCCCCCCCCCCCACCACACCUACACCCCCAACCUGCCCACUCACCCGCCCCAUGUCUACUCUCACUGUGCUUCGGUGCCCACCGCCUUCCCCCACAAUUUGACCUUUUGACCCUUGAAGCCUCAUCCCGCUGUCCGCCGAGUCGCCCACAUCACCUUACCCGAGGAAGCAUCCUGAGGAGUUUUCCUUCAAUGCCUUUGUGCAAGUGGCAAUUUUUUUCGGAAGAAUGAGAGAAGGAAUUUUUUUUUCUUUCUCUCUGUCAUUCUUGAAACGUCUCAUCCACUUGCCCAGAGAGGGGGAAGUGUGAGAGAGAGGGAGAGAGAAGAGACGCACACAAACCACGUUGACCAAAACAAAACUUGAAGAAGAAAAAAAAAAAUAACCGGAAAAAAAAACAAACAAACCACACAAGUGACUUUUGUUGUUAUGUUUGGAGAGCACGGGCACUAUCGUCUCAGCUCCUGAGGACCAUGCGGAGGACCGACGGCCUCCGUCUUUACAGGAUGGCUCGCGCUGUGGGACGCCCACGAAAGGUUGGCCAGACAGAACGGCCUGCUGCUCACGCCAGGAGCUUCUGCUCCACCUGCUUCCCAAAGGACAUCCAACACAAAUGCACAUUCUGCUCCACACUCGGCGUCUAAUCUACAGUGGGUUAGCCAGCACUGUGUGCUUCUGUGGGAAAAUGUACACCCCGUUGUAGUGGGAGGGGGGGGGGGGAUAUCUCUCCAGAGUUUAAGGUUCUUGCUGUAGUUUUUUUUUCUUUUUUUUUCCGACCUUUAGCUCUGUACUACAAAACCGACAGUUGUGCUUCUCUUUCACUAAAAGUCUAAAAAGGUGAAACUUUUUUUUCACGUUGUGCUCGUCGGGAUCGAGCGUUCCCCCCCCGACCACGCUGAACAUGCCAGACCUGCCACCUUGCCAACACAUGUUUGAGCCUCGGCAACACAUUCCUGCAGAUCACCUCAGCCUGAUCCAGUUUUCUUACAAAAAUAUACAAAAGCACUUUAAUUUCUUCUGCCAUGAAAAUGUCUUGAAAGCAUAGCUAGAUGAGGCGUUUUUUUUCUUUUUUUUUUUUUCUCUAAGAUGAGUAGGAUGUGCUAGUUGAGCCAGCGGUGGGCAGAUUGGCAUGGGUAGACAUGAGAGAGACAGGUCAGCUGAGCAGUUCCUGAACCUUUACUUUAUGAAAACCAUCAGUCGUGUAACAUGUUUGGAGUCAAAUGGACCUUAACAACUGCUCUUAACAAAACACAUUGCUUAUGUGAUUCUUCUUGUAUGGUAAAAGAAAUGGACCUCCGAGAUUCCAAAGUUCUUAUCUAUGAUUUAAUACAGUGUUUUUGACCGGAUGGUUGGAGACUACUAUUCUAUAGGCCACGUAAGUCCUUCUGUGGCCUGGUGACCUAUUGAUCUCUCGUGUUCACCCGAAUAUGAAGCUGUUUCUGCGGCCAAACCCGUAGUGUACUCCACCAGUGUCUCCCAUAGUUAGGCCCACCAGUGUGCUAUUGUGACGGAGUGUGUUGUCUCACACCACGGUUUGGAGAGCCACUCUGUUGGAGGCAUAUUCCAGAGCGUUGAAGAACCUAAUGGCCUGCGAGGGAAGGAUUUCCUAGCAGGUGGUUCUAGAGGCUUCAGGUCAUUUUUUUGCCCUGUGAAGCAUGUAGUACAGACUGUAGCAUUUGAAAUGCGAUCUGAACAGACAUGUCCUGGCCAGAAAUGGACAGGCAUGAGUAAGUGGUACCUCUGAGACACUGGCCCCGUGACAGCUGUUUUGUAGACCUGGACACACCAAAGCUGCGUGGCUCGGGCCUUUUGUUUUUGAAGAGGCGGACCUUUAAAUGAAGAUCUACGUUUUCAUUCCCCAGUGUGAAUCCAUUUGAACCUUUUUUUUGGUUGUUGUUUAUUGUUGUGUACCGUGCGGAAUGGCACUGAAAAGCAUGCAUGUCUGGUUUUAGAAGUUGCGUAGAUAGAUUGUGUGGAUGUGUACACAUUCAGAGGUGGAUAGCGAGUCUGGCCUGAUUUUUAAAGAAGUGCUCUCAUCGCACUUAGUUCUGGUGCCUGUUGGCAUUCGUUUUGUGCUGUUUGUCUUUGGUGCAGUGACGACGGUAAUACAAGAGGUGGCUGUGUCUUCCAAAUCGGGGCAUAGUACAUGACUUUAUCUGCGAUUAUGUAACUUGUAUUUAGUUUGAGGUCUCUUGACCAGUGCAUCCUUCAGACAAAUGACCCAUAUGCCCAUGUGCAUCCAACAAGCUAAUGGCACUCAGUAGUAUAGGAUUAGACGGGGGGAUAAAGCCCAAUCCGGUCCCGCAUAUUCUAAACGGCUCUAGAACAAACAUGGAAUGAGGUAGUCUUUUCUGAGAGACUCUGGGACUAAAACAUGUUAUUUUGGUCAUAGGAAGCUUCAGGAAUAGCCAAGGCAGUGCAUCUCUUUUUUUCAUUUAUAUGUCGUCGCAACCUUUUGGAAGUGCCAGGACGCAGGCAAACCUCACUGUAAUCUGCCAUCCAACAUCAGUGGUGCGUCUUUGCUGCAAUGACUCCCCCUGCUGUCAGUUGUUUGUCAUUGACUCUUUUAGUUUAGGAAGAGAAGUAACUGAGAGACGUUGACCAACUCCCACAUUUCUAGUCUAUCCACGGAUUUAAACUGAUAAGGGACCUUAUUUUGUCAGUGAAAUGCCAAUCAGCCGUGCUCAACAGACACCACCCUCCCCAAACGCCCUUCCUUCCUUCCUUCCUUCCUCCCUUGCUUCCUUCAGAAGCCCUACAGGGGGCCGGAACCCUCUAUGUUUGGCUUCUGGAAGGUUCCGGUCUCUGGUCUGACCCACCAGCAUAGUGCGUCCUGGCUUCAGACAGACCCAGCUGCAAACCACAUGAAUGAGGGCAUAACACCUUUUUUUUGUGUUUGUUUUUUAAAGAAUGUCUCACCUAACUUUGCACAGUGAAUGCUGGCGAUUUCUUGAGAUAUCUGCUCGGAAACUCCUCUUCAAGGUUAUUUUUUUGUUCCGUUACUUUUUGUUUCACAUUGUUUUUGUAUUUUAUAGUGUUAAUAAUUAUUGUCUGUUGUUUAUUUGCUUGUGUAAGUGUUAUGGGAAAAUGUUAUUUGAGUGUGUGAGUGUUGUUUUGAAUGGACACUGGUGUAUGGACGCAUCAUAUCACCAUUGCUGGUUAUAUACCAAAUCACUAAAUCACCCACUUAAAGAAAACAACUAAAAAGAGAAGAUAACAUGGAAAUGAUAAAAAGAGAAAAGAAUAAUGUUAAGUCCUAUAUGCAUAUGUGUGCAUAUGUUUGUAAAAUAGACAAUAUAUUUAUAGUUAUGUUAUUGGGACCAGGGGCAAUCUUACAGAAUUAUGAGAAAGCAAUAAUGUGUAAUACUCCUCCCAUGCUCAACGCCAAAUCAGACAAUGUAACUUGAGAGAGCAUGUAGUGUUGGAAUUUAUUACGGGGACAGAAAGGUGGGAAGAAAAAAAAAACAUUUCCAAAUAUUGAAUAAUAUAGUAGGUAUCAUAAAAAUAAAUGACUCCUCAAAAAAAAAAAUCAGAAGCAAAAUGCACAAUGGUGCCACAUGUUGUGGGGUGACGUCCCUGCAAAUUACCAAUAGAGUUAAAAGUUUUCUGUAAGUAGCAGGGGCCUAGUGAAGAGCUCUAAUUUCGCUUCAGCCCACACUAAUAGUCUCUACAUCCUAGAGUAGGAGACUGAAUAAUAUUCUGGGCCUUUCUGGGAAAGCUACAGCUAAAACUAAAAGGACUAAUUCACAGUUUGUACACUCUGCGUUCAGAGAUCUUAGGGAUCGUUUGAGCCUCCUUAUGUACAUCGGACUGUUGUGCUCAGCAACGUCCACCCACGAGUCGCCUGUCAAACACACUGCUUCUGUAGUAUCCAGUCUUUACUCAUCUCAGGGAGAAGAGUUUCAUGACACUGUUGCUUGCAUUCAUGUUUGUGAGAAAUAAGAAAUGGCUGUGGUGGAAGUAGGGUUAAAACGGAAAGUGUUUUUUUGAUGUGAGCCUCAGUGUUUUUGAACUCUUCUCCUUACUUCAACAAUUCCAUUCAGAUGUAGAUAUGUGACUGUUUUGGAGUUGCAAUCCUGAUUGAAAUCUAUUUUGGGCCUUCAGCUGUAACCAUACCAUGAGUUGAGAUCACCAGUGUGUUUUUGUUUGAGGGAGAAGAUAAACAAACAUGGUGUGUGAUGUAAUAAUUUAUGAGAAUAUGGUUAUUGUGUUCCACAAAUAAAAUAUUUUCUUGUAAA